AUGUCUCUCUCAAGUGAUUACAACUAUUCACUCCAAGGAAACAUGGAUGAAAAGAAAAAACAAGUAAUGGACCAAGUCAAAGCUGAGCUGGCCUUGGCUCAAGCUCAUGAACUUAUUAACAAAAUGAAUGAAAAAUGCUUCGCCAAGUGUAUUCUCAAACCAGGACAUAAAAUGGAGAACAGUGAAAUGAACUGCAUUGAUCGAUGUGUAUUAAAAUAUAUGGAGGCAUGGAACGUUGUGUCGCGGACAUAUUUAAGUCGUGUUAGAAGAGAAGGGCAGUCAUUGGACGGUGGAAUCUGA